CCGGCCGGGGGGCGCUCCUCCUGCGUUAACCCUCCCGGUGCCGCUGCAGGUGCGCUUGGCGAUAGCCGAAAAGGCUCUCAAGUGCGAAGAGCACGAUGUAAACCUGCCGCUGAGCGAGCACAACGAGCCGUGGUUCAUGCGCUUAAAUUCCUCUGGAGAAGUACCUGUCCUGAUCCAUGGGGAAAACGUCAUCUGCGAGGCAACCCAGAUCAUCGAUUACCUGGAAGCAUCGUUUGUGGAUGAAAAAGUACCAAGAUUGAUGCCAGAAGAAGGGAGUAUGUAUUACCCAAGGGUGCAACACUACAGAGAGCUUUUAGACUCCUUGCCUAUGGAUGCCUACACACACGGCUGCAUCCUGCACCCUGAGUUAACGGUGGACUCCAUGAUCCCAGCCUACGCUACCAGCAGAAUUCGUAGCCAAAUAAGUAACACAGAGUCAGAGUUGAAAAAACUUGCAGAAGAAAAUCCAGACCUUCGAGAUGCCUAUAUAGCAAAACAGAAGCGCCUUAAGUCUAAACUGCUGGAUCAUGAUAAUAUAAAAUACCUAAAGAAAAUCCUGGAUGAACUGGAAAAAGUUUUGGAUCAGGUCGAGACUGAAUUGCAGCGGCGAAAUGAGGAAACACCAGAGGACGGAAGUCAGCCGUGGCUCUGCGGUGAUUUCUUCAGUCUGGCAGAUGUGUCACUUGCUGUCACAUUGCACCGCCUCAAGUUCCUGGGAUUGGCACGAAGAAACUGGGGAAAUGGAAAGAGGCCUAACGUGGAAGCCUAUUAUGAGCGUGUCCUGAAGAGAAAAACAUUUUACAAAGUUUUAGGACACGUUAACAAUAUAUUAAUCUCAGCUGUCCUGCCAACAGCGUUCCGGGUGGCCAAGAAGAGGGCUCCCACAGCCCUGGGCACGGCCCUGCUGCUGGGCACGCUGGCAGGGGCGGCCUACCUCGCCUCCCUGUGUCUUCGCAAGAGCUUUGCCAACCUGAUGCUAUCAAUUAGAACCAGGCAAAAUUAUUUUUAG